GAUUUAUUCCCUUACAUAAACAUCAUAUGUAGUCUAAAGUAUAAAGUGUAAGAAAUUAACAAAAGCCAAACACAUUUUGUACUAAGAAACAAUAAUGGAGCAUCAAUAUCAUCUUACAAAAACUUCUCCUACAUCAUCAAUACCAGAACCCCAUGUAGUGAUCUUCCCAUUACCAAUCCAAGGCCCGGUCAACUGUAUGCUCAAACUAGCCGACCUCAUCCUCUCCCUAAGUAACUCCGCCGUCUCCGUCACCUUCGUCGUCACCGACUUCAUCCACCGCCGCCUUAUUCACCACUCUACUACGGCUGCCCGCCUCGGAAAAAACUUCCGAUUCGAGACCGUUCCCGAUGGUCUCGGGGAUGGUGGUGAUGAUGAUGAGAAUCCUCGAGGGUUAUACCAACUUGCUGACAUGACCAACACCUUACAAGGUCAGGCCCAAGCAGAAGGUAGCCGGCUAAGGGCGGUGCUGGCGUACGGCGCGGCGGAGCCGGGGUUGAAGAAGGCGGUUACAUGUAUUAUUGCGGAUGGGUUUUAUGGGUGUAUGGUGGAUGUAGCUAAAGAGUUAGGGGUGCCACUUGUUUACUUCGAAACGAUAAGUCCUUGUGGUCUUUGGACUUAUCUUUGUGUUCCUAACAUGCUUCGAACUCGUGACCUCCCUUUUCAAGGAGAGAAUGACUUAGAUGCAGCAAUAACAAGUGUACCAGGAAUGGAAGCUUACUUAAGACGCCGCGAUCUUCCAAGCUUCUGCCGGGCUUAUGACCCGAAAAACCCUAUCAUACAACUUGUACUUAACCAAGUUAAGAAUUUUCCAAAAGCUCAAGGGCACAUACUCAACACCUUUGAUGAACUUGAAGGUGAUUACUUCCAUAACUUACGAGCUUUAUGUCCAAAUCUGUACAACAUUGGACCUCUCCAUUUAAACCUCAAGUGUAGGUUAAAACAAAAAUCAACCAAGUCAAUUUCGAAUACUCUAUGGCAAGAAGAUAGACAAUGCUUGGAAUGGCUUGAUGCCCAACCUCGGAAAUCGGUCCUCUUUGUGAGCAUUGGUAGCCUUGCGUCAAUGACAAAGGACCAACUCAUGGAGAUUUGGUAUGGUUUGUUAAAUAGCAAGACUAGGUUUUUAUGGGUUCGAAGGCCCGGUUCGAUAAUAGACGACGAAGGCGGCAAAGAAGCGGCCGUGCCGAUUGAGGUUGUAGAGGGCACAAAGGAAAGAGGUUGUGUGGUGAGUUGGGCACCACAAGAGGAGGUGUUAGGGCAUGAAGCAAUUGGCGGGUUUUUGACACAUUGUGGUUGGAACUCGACGUUAGAGAGUAUUGUUGGAGGUGUUCCUAUGAUUUGUUGGCCAUUCUUUGUGGAUCAACAAGUGAAUAGUAGGGUUGUAACCGAGGUUUGGAAGAUUGGAUUAGACAUGAAUAAGGAUGAAUGUGAUAGAGUUGUGGUGGAGGAGAUGAUCAAAGAACUAAUGGGAACGACUCGAAGGGAAGAGUUCUUAGCUAGGGCAGGUGUUAUGGCUAAGUUGGCUGCACAAGCUGUGGAUGUAGGUGGAUCUUCUUAUAACAGUUUGAAUCGUUUAAUCGACGACAUUGUGUACAUGAGAUUUCCUACACAGAAUUAUGCUUACUAAGGCUCUGUUCUCUUCACCUUGUCUGAUAUAUGUUUUGUUGUGAGUGAUUUUUUUUUUGCUUGUUUUGGUGUGUUCUUGUCUAAUAAAUAAUACGAAUAAGGUGAAGAAAACAGAGCCUAAACUAAGUAGCGGAAACUGAUUAAGUUCAUGAAUGUAGAACUUCCAUUGAUUUUGCUUAUUUUAUAUUUAAACAAGGGACCCUAAUACAGA